AUGGCCAUCUGUCAGCCUGGAAUAUGUGAAACAACCCCCGGAGUACGGUCAUACGCCGGUUACGUCCAUCUCCCACCCCAUAUCUUGGAUGAUCUUCUCGGGCCAGGUCAAAACUACACUGUCAAUACGUUCUUCUGGUUCUUCGAGUCCCGCAAAGAUCCCGCCAAUGCACCACUUUCAAUCUGGUUAAAUGGUGGUCCUGGAAGCUCAUCCAUGAUUGGUCUUCUGCAGGAGAAUGGGCCGUGCAAUAUCAACUAUGACUCCAACACCACCACACUCAACCCAUGGUCAUGGAACAACGAAGUCAAUAUGCUCUAUAUCGAUCAACCCAAUCAGGUCGGCCUAUCGUACGAUGUCUUGAAGAAUGGAACGCAAGAUUUACUCGACCCCAGCGGAGAUGUGACUAUCAGUGAUUUUACCACUGGGGUCCUUCCGGAGCAGAACAGCACUUUUCUGGUCGGGACUUUCCCCAGCCAACUGCUUAAUUCCAGUGCAAACGGAACGACAAACUCUGCACGCGCGUUGUGGCAUUUCGCUCAGGUCUGGUUUCAGAACUUUCCGGCGUACAAGCCGAACGACAACCGUGUGAGCAUCUGGACCGAGAGCUACGGGGGCCAUUAUGGCCCAGGCUUCGCCGCAUUCUUUCAAGAGCAGAACGAAAAAAUCGCCAAUGGCUCGUGGAGCGAUGCGGGCGAGACAUUUGAAAUUCACCUGGAUACACUCGGCAUCAUCAACGGCUGUAUCGAUACGCUCACCCAAGAACCCAGCUACCCUCAGAUAGCAUACAACAACACGUACGGGAUCCAGGCAAUCAAUCGCACCACCUACGAAGGCGCGAUGAAUGCCUUUACCAAACCCGGUGGCGUGCGUGAGCAAAUCGAAAUGUGCAGAGCCCUGGCAGCAGAAGGAGACCCGGAAAACCAAGGCAAUAAUGCGACUGUGAAUGACGCCUGUUCUGCAGCCAACGAUGCUACGUGGGAUGUCGAAGGUCCCUAUACGGAAGUCUCUGGGAGAAACUACUACGACAUUGCCGCCAUAGAUCCGGAUCCAUUCCCCCCAAGCUACUACAUCGGCUAUCUAAAUCAGCCACACGUGCAAGCAGCACUUGGGGUGCCGGUAAACUACACCAAUCCUGGUGGAAAUGCAGCGUACUAUGCUUUCGCAGACACGGGUGAUUAUCCACGUGGCGGACUGCUGGAGGACCUUUCGUAUCUCAUUGAUCGUGGGAUCAAGGUUGCCUUUGUCUACGGAGACCGGGACUAUGCGUGCAACUGGAUCGGAGGAGAGGCGGUGUCGCUUGCAGUUAACUACUCUCACUCUUCGGACUUUGCCUCGGCCGGAUACGAGAACAUUACCGUCAAUUCUAGCUACAUUGGCGGGCUCGUCAGGCAAUUUGGCAACUUCAGCUUCUCCCGGGUUUUCCAGGCGGGCCAUGAGGUUCCAGCCUACCAGCCAGAAACUGCGUACGCGAUAUUCCACCGGGCCCUGUUUAAUCUCGACAUCGCUACGGGCAAAGAAGACACGGCCCAGAACAGCAGCUAUUUCACCACUGGUCUUGGGGACACCUGGUCCGUCAAAAACGCCCCUCCGAAGAGCGAGCCGCCUAUCUGCUAUUCCUAUAACCCACUGGCCACAUGCACCGAGGGCCAACUAGACAGUAUCGUUAACGGGUCUGCCCUGAUUCAGGAUUACAUCGUUGUUGACAACUACACCAAGGGCCAAUUCCCGUCACUCGCCAAUGCCACCAACAGCAACAGCACAGGGGGCGAGACACCCAGCGGGGCUGGCGGACAAAACAAUACUACGGGAGGAGGGGAUGGCAAUGGCGCCGUAAUGCUAGGUGUGAGUGCAGACUUAUGGCUGUCAGCCAUCAUUGCGGUGGCCAUUGCCUGCUGUGUGUGA